UAACAUUCACAAAUUCGUUUGAUUCUCAAAUGAAACUUUAGAGUUUAAUCUUAUUCAGAUUUGACAUUACCUGCAAUCUACCGGUAGCAUUUACAGGUAACUUCAGGUAACCCAGGUAACGAUGACCGAAACAAAGAAAAACGUAGCGUCUACCAUAGAUUGCCAUAGAACAAGAGUACGUUGAGUGAUAAACUUUUUCCAAUCAUGAAUUGGGAUGACGAUAUCGAUUUCAUGGCUAACAAAAAGAGCGCUGCAAAGCAGGGUAGGAGGGCCGGUGUCGAGAGCGAGGAUUCUCAGAAGUCGACUAGGCUUCCCUUGAAGGCUGGAAAAUGGGCUGAUGAAGGGAACAAGUCUGGAAGGAAAAACUCGACUAAUCUGAUUGAACAGGAGAGGUUCCAAGACAACAGAGCCAUUGAUUCUGAUAACGAUGAUAUACCUAUCAUACCGGAUAUUGACGAAUUCCAAGAUGACAUUGGCAGCUUGCAAGAAGUUAAACAACCAAUGGUUCUGGUAAAUAAGGCUACUUACAAGGAGUUGGACAAGGAGCUUGUGAGUCUGCAGAGUGGUGAAAAUAUUGCUAACCUAGGCAACAUCAAUUUAUCAUUCUUAACAAACAAGCUGUACCCUGAGAAGGAUGUCAAAGAGGUGGAUGAGUUGUGGAGCAUGGACGCUCUGUUUGAGCAUCUGAUCAAUUACAAUAAAUAAUGUUCAUUGUAACGAUGUUAGCAUGUCUUCUUGUAUUACAUACACCUGCAGGGUCUUCUCGGUGGUGUGCGAUCGCCGAUG